AUAUUACAGAUUCUGUGACUCUCUUUUGUUCUUAUCAUCACCGACUACUCCUCCCGUGUAUAUCAUCUUCUGAGUCUUAUAAAAACGAAACCCUUUUCUUGGUGUAUUACGUUGAUGGGUCAUCUAAAGCUCGAAACUUUAAUCGAAUUUUCCUAGGGCUUUUGAAUUUUUACGUCUUGCUGAGGUGAAAAUUGAAAAAAAGUAGAGAGAAUCUAUGGUUAGUGUGACUCCAUGUUAGAAAAAGUUUAAAAUCUUUUGGCGUUUUUCAUAUGUCUACAAUGUGUGGAAUUUUAAACCAAGUUGGCUAGCUACAUAUCAUUGUCUCCACUAACUUCUAUUUAUAUUUAUUUAUUUUAUAUAUAGAACAAUUUAUUAGUAAUGUGUAGUAGGCCUUCAUGCUGAGCUCGUGUGUUCUGAUCCAUUUGUACACUAUCUUUUUUAAUCUAUUUUUAGAGAUUUAAAUCUGUAGAAGAUCUCAAGGAAGGUGUAUCAGCUUUUUGUAUUAAAGAAGAAACCAGGAGGAGAAAGAGGACAGAUACAUGUAAAAGAAAAACGUUGUGAUAUCAAGGGUGUGCUAACUCACACACACAUUCUCCUCAGGCUCUUAUCAAAACUCUGUUCUCUGCCUUAAAGCGAUAGAAGAAGAUGGUGGCUUUUGGGAAGUAUCUGCAGCGAAAACAAACCGAAGAAUGGAGAGGCUAUUACAUCAAUUACAAGUUGAUGAAGCAGAAAGUGAAGCAAUACGCUGAGCAAAUAAGUGGCGGAUCUCAACAUCCUCGCCAUGUUCUCAAAGAUUUCUCAAGGAUGCUUGAUACUCAAAUUGAGAAAACAGUCCUGUUCAUGUUGGAACAACAAGGGUUGCUUGCAGGGAGAUUGUCCACACUAAGGGAAACGCAUGACGCUGUACUUGAGCAGCCUGACAUAUCAAAGAUCGUGGAGCUACGUGAAUCAUACAGAGACGUUGGAAGAGAUCUUCUACAGCUUCUCAAAUUCGUUGAGUUGAACGCCAUUGGUCUCCGCAAGAUCCUCAAGAAGUUUGACAAACGUUUUGGCUAUAGAUUCGCCGACUACUACGUCAAAACCCGUGCUAAUCAUCCUUACUCACAGCUUCAACAAGUGUUCAAGCACGUGGGUGUAGGAGCUGUUGUUGGAGCCAUUUCUCGCAACCUUCAUGAGCUUCAAGAAAACGAAGGAAGUUUCUAUUCGAUCUACGACCAACCUGUUCUCCCCCUUCAGGAUCCAGUGGUUGAUGCAAUCAAGACAGCAGUGGACAAGUUAACAAACUCCACGAGCUUCCUCAACUUCUUGGCGCAGCAUGCUCUCAUCAUGCAAGAUGAUCUGCAGACUCCUUCAGAGGACACCAUCGAUGAACGGACUUACCAUUUUAACUCCUUACUCCUUAACUUGGGAAACACGUUCUUGUAUAUGAUCAACACUUACAUCAUCGUCCCUACGGCAGAUGACUAUUCAAUGAGCCUUGGAGCUGCAGCUACUGUCUGUGGUGUUGUCAUUGGAUCUAUGGCCGUGGCUCAAGUCUUCUCGUCGGUUUAUUUCAGCGCUUGGUCCAACAAGUCUUACUUCAAACCUCUUGUGUUUAGUAGCGUUGCUCUCUUUAUAGGGAACUUAAUGUAUGCGUUGGCUUAUGAUGCCAACUCCAUUGCUCUUCUCUUACUAGGCCGUGUCUGUUGUGGACUGGGGUCAGCAAGAGCUGUGAACAGGAGAUACAUCAGUGACUGUGUGCCAUUAAGAAUCAGAAUGCAGGCAUCAGCAGGUUUUGUGAGUGCUAGUGCUCUUGGAAUGGCUUGUGGUCCUGCACUCGCCGGUUUGCUCCAAAUCAAAUUCAAGUUCUACAAGCUGACGUUUAACCAGUCUACUUUGCCUGGUUGGGUCAUGGCUGUGGCUUGGCUGUUCUAUUUGGUCUGGCUGUGCAUUUCAUUCAAAGAGCCGUUGCGUGAUACAGAGGAAGCAGAGGAGCAACAAAGAAGCAACCGGAAUGAAACAACUUCAAUGACAGACAGAGUGGAGGAAGGUAUUAGGAAGCCAUUGUUGAUUACUUCAGGGAUCUUGCCUGAUGAAGAGGAUUGCGAUGAAAGUGAAGAAUCUCUAGAAGAAUCUCGCAGACCUGCAAACUCUUUCGCUGAUGCGUAUCGUCUUCUUACUCCAUCUGUCAAGGUUCAACUGUUGAUCUACUUCAUGCUCAAAUACGCAAUGGAGAUAUUACUGUCGGAAUCUAGCGUCGUUACUUCAUACUAUUUUGGUUGGACAACAAGCUCUGUUGCCAUCUUCUUGGCGUGCCUUGGCCUCACGGUGCUACCUAUCAACAUUCUUGUGGGAAGUUACAUCAGUAACAUGUUUGAAGACAGGCAAAUCCUUUUGACAUCUGAGAUCAUUGUCUUUGUUGGGAUCCUCUUCAGUUUUAACUUGUUUGUUCCUUACACUGUACCGCAAUACGUGAUCUCUGGUCUAGUAAUGUUCGUUGCUGCUGAAGUACUUGAAGGUGUGAAUCUGUCGUUGUUGUCACGGGUAAUGUCAUCAAGGCUUUCAAAAGGAACUUACAACGGUGGAUUGCUGUCCACGGAAGCUGGAACGUUGGCUAGGGUUGUGGCGGAUGCAACUAUAACAUUGGGAGGAUACUUGGGAAGAAACCAUCUGUUGAAUGCAACUCUUCUACCAUCACUUGUCAUCUGCAUUGGCUCCAUUGUUGCUACUUGUUGUACUUAUAACUCUCUCUAUUGAUAUAUGUUAAAGAGGUUUUUGCUACCAAUUUUACAUAAUAGAAUUUAAAAAAAAAUUGGAACUGUGUGUGUGAUCCUCUCUUUGUUUGAUUUUUUUUUGUCACCAAGGUUCCUCCUUAUUCCAAUGGUUGCAUAUGUGCUUAUUUAUAUCACGGCGAAGUCUUCCAUGUGUUAGAACUUACAAACCUUGUUCCUGUUUUUACAAACCUUGUUCCUGUUUUUGUGAGCUUUUUGAUUGAGUUAUGUAUUACAAUAUUAUGUUUUCCGUUCCAUAAUAAAUGUCAUUAUAACA